CACGCUGCUCGUUGUUACAUCAGAAGCCCGUUCUCAUCACCAUGAGCGAGAUAGACAUGAAGGUUGAUCCGGCAAGAGCAUCCGCUCUCAUCUCACAGCUUCAGAGCGUCAAUGUGAGAAUAGCUGCAGUGGCCAAGGGCCGUGCAGUCCGUCUCGUGGCUGUCUCCAAGCUCAAGCCUGCCAACGACAUCCUCGCCCUCCAUGACUCGCCACUCAGGCAGGUACAUUUUGGUGAGAACUACGCACAAGAGUUGAGUCAAAAGGCCGAGCUGCUGCCGAGAAGCAUUCAGUGGCACUUUAUCGGCGGCCUGCAGUCGGGCCGUUGUAAGGAGCUCGCCAAGAUUCCAAACUUGUGGUGUGUGUCUAGCGUGGACAACGUGAAGAAGGCACAGCUCCUCGACAAAUACCGAGGCGAGAAGAUCAAGGCCGAGCCAGAGACGCCGAAACUCAACGUCCACGUCCAGGUCAACACCUCGGGCGAGGAGUCCAAGUCCGGGUGUGCACCGGGCGAAGACGUCGUGUCGCUUUGCCGGGCCAUCGUUAACGAUUGCCCCAACCUGCAUCUGCUGGGCCUGAUGACCAUUGGUGCCAUCGCCCGGAGCGUGGCCACGACGGCGGAGAACGAGAACGAGGAUUUUAGGCUGCUGGUAGAGCAGAGGGACCUGGUGGCGAAGGAGCUGGGGCUGGAGAGGGAGCUGGAGCUCAGCAUGGGCAUGAGCGAGGACUUUGAGGGCGCCAUUGUUAUGGGGAGCAGUGAGGUACGCAUCGGGAGCACCAUCUUCGGGCAGCGACCGGCCAAAUCGGAAGCCAAGAUUGUUUCAUCAUAGCAUAGCGUACUUAACGUCUACGCAGCGCUUGCACACCAGCCGCCCUUUCAUCGUAUUUUGGCAAGAGCGAUGAGGAGGAGUGAUGAUGGUGGUAAUAAGAUGCGCUCUACGAAAAUAGCAUAUCUGUACAAAGCAGGCACACAUAACCCAGUGGCAAUGCGCGCACUGUUGCAGGGCUGAGGUCCCUCAGAUUUAUUUCUCUCUCUCUCUCCCU